AAAAAGCUAAAGUGAGGUGAAAGGACAAAGGAGGACCGAACAUUCCAAGAUGGUGAAAGUAGUGAUCGCUCUUGUUUUGGCUAUGGCUGCCGCUGCAUGCGCCUCGCUCAUUCCAUACAGAUACGCAGAUGGAGUGAGCGCCAGACAUUUCUACAAAGGAGAGGGUCACUACGGAAUUGCCUCUGGAAUUUACGGUCUUGGAUAUGGUGGCUUCUAUGGUGCCUAUGAUUAUGCACCCUAUUUCUAUGACGGAUAUUACGGAUAUGAUGGGCUUGGAUACGGGUAUGGACCCUAUGGAUAUUAUGGAAGAUACUUCGGAGUUCCUGGUUACUAUGGAGGUUACUUUUAAGUAUCUUAAAUCAGUGUUUGGUUUGCAAAUAUCUGAUCCAGAAGAUUACCAUAUUUAUCAUCAAAAAUGAAAUAAAAAUUUACCUUUCGAAGGUGAAG